AUGUCUAAAUAUUCACCUAGCCAGAUAAUGGCAGUUUCUCAAGGGAUGAAGGAUAAACUUCAUGAGGUUGCCAGAACUGCAGUACUUUCCGAUAACGAAAUGGACGAAAAAAUUAUCAUUAGUUUUGUAGGACCUAAAGAUUGUUAUAAAACAGGAGUUCUGUACACUCACGGAAAGAAGAAAGUUCCAAAAGAAAUGGAAUUACCAAUUUAUUUUGCACACUCUAAUUACGUAAUUAAUUUGAGUGCAGAUCAUAGAGUUACAUUCGAUCCUCGUGAUUUGAGAGAUGACGAUGAUGCAGAAACUAUUGGAAUUAGAAAAGAUGCCUACUAUUACUCAACAGGAUUUGUUCUCUGUUUCAAUCCAUACGAGAAGGAGCAUCUGAAAUUAUUAGAAAAAAAAUACCUUCCUGAAAUAUUAAGUGUCAAAAAGAAAGCAAAAAAGGAAAUGCCAUUUGUCUUAUUUUCAUUUGAUUGGAAUCCAAAAGGUCCAGUGAAAAGAAAUAUCGAAGAUAGAAUACCACAUGAUGAUAUUAUCAAUUUUGCAAAGAAGGUAGGAGAUAUGACUGCCUUCAUUGAGUUACCUCAAGUUUCAGUGGAUUGUGUUGAUUAUGUAAUGAAUAUUUUAUUAAGAUGUCUUUACCAAGCAAAUGGACAAUUCAGAAAGAAGGGACUUGAUGAUUCGGAUUUGGAACAAAUGGAAACCUAUGCUGCUAAGAAACAAAAAAAGUGUCUCUUAAUGUAA